AUGGUGCUGCUCUUCCUCAAUCCAUUUCGCGUUACCCUCGCCUACAAAAAGGGACCUCCCGUGGGGAUUACCCAACAUACGAGUAGUCACUUCUGGAGAGACCCUAACAGCAAAUGCAAGGUACUCUCGGUAAGGCAGCCCUCCCAAGUUAGCUGCUUCACCAAGGCAAGGCUACAUAACGAACCGUUACACAAGGAGGUCCAACUGUUCGACGAAACAAAUGAGGAGGAAAAUCCCCCUCCCGUUUUUCUGAACAAGUCAGGUGAAAAUAAUCCCAUUAAAGACACCCUGAGGAAGACCAAAAAAUUUUGCAAUUAUUUGACGAGCAAAUUAGGGAGACUUAAUAAAAAACUGCGGGAAAUAAAAAAACUGGAAACCAUCUUCUAUGCGAACCCAAACAUAUUAACGGAGAGUCAACAAGUGAAGCUGAGCAAAAAAAAACAAAUAAAAAAGGAACUUGUUUUAAUCCAUCGGUACAGGAAAAAGUACCUCGCUUACAAAAAAAACCUGACCAAAAAUGUCGACGACAUGUCCCCCUUUUUUUACGCCAAGCGGAAGACCCGCCAGAAGCGGCAGGUCUGCACCCCCCAGGAGUUCAGGAAGAUACGUACGCACGGAGGGGCGGGCCACAAAAAUGAUGGGCAGAUGCAAUCGGACGAACCCAAGGCAGCCGUCCAGCGAGUGAAAAGCAUAGACUACGACCAGAUCCCCAGGAACGUGACCGACUACUUAGUGUUUAACAAAGUGGGCACGAAGGAGGACGUCAAAAUUCUCUUUGGCCUCAAAGCUGUGAAGAUAAACGGAAACACACUGGACGAUGAGAAUUACCUGAUAAACCCGCGAGAAGACAAAGUGGAAGUGUUCAACGAGGUGGUCCAAAUUCACGAAAGCCACUACGUCGUAAGGAAGCGCUUUUCGAAGAACCAAAAAAAAGUCCUCGAGGAAAAAUCAAAGGAGAAGUUAUCAGAUGUCAGACGGGAGGUUAACGAAUUCGAAAACUUUUUCAACAUAAAGCAGUGA